AUGUAGCUGGAAGCUAAGCUUCCCGGUUCGACUCCUGAUAUUCCUGGACGGAUUCGUGUCGACUGCCCAGAGUCCGCGAAUUCAAGUCCGUUCCGCUGUCUCCCUAACGUUAUCAUCAAUCUAUCGUUUCCGAAUAAAAGAGCACCAGCAAGAAGACUGCUCUGUCAAAACCAAGCCGGUGACCAGUGAGAGACUGACCGCACUCAACUCCCAUCACCAUGUCACUGCACCAGUUUCUGCUUGAGCCCAUCACCUGUCACGCCUGGAACCGGGACAGAACCCAGAUUGCCAUCAGUCCCAACAACCACCCCUCCUCCUCCAAGCGGCCAGUAACAGUCUGACCACGCUAAGAAGUAUCUGAUUAAAAAGCACUGACUACACACACACCCACCCUCUCUGAGCUGACAUGACAUUACCGUUGAUUGUUUGUUUAUGUAAAUGAAGGCUAAAGGGUCAUAGGUCAACUUGACGACCCCGUGAUAUACCAUUCCACAUCAGUGUUUUUUUUUUAUUUUAUAAUAAUAAUAACCGGUAUGGUGUUUUGUCUCUGAAGCGACUACGGCACUACAACACUAAGUUACCAUUGAAUGAUGUGCUGUGUAGCGAUGCCACCAAGUGGCACACUAUUCCCUAUAUAGUGCACUACUUUAGACCAGAGUCCUGUAGCGGCUAUCCUCUGUGUUGUGUCCCUAUGGGCCAUGGUCAGAAAUAGUUUACUGUAAAGGAACUAGGGUGCUAUUCGGGAUGGUUCCUAUGUCAUUAGAUGGAGGAUGUAUCUAUGAUGUGUCUAAUUCAGCUGCAGAAGAAAUAAAGAAUCAACUUAC